AUUUCCAGAGGAGUCCAGGGUAAAGGUUGGGCACCCCUGCCCUGGCACGACCAACCACCAGUUACAUCAAAAUGGCGGCGCAGGCGGCUGCUCUCAUUAUAGCUGUUCUAAUUAAUUAUGCCGCGUCCCAAUCGUGCGUGAACACGACGGGUUUCUCCGCCAACAUGGAGACAGUUCUGGCGGAGUACGACCGCGCGCAGCCGCCGGGGGCUGCGGCCCAGGAGCCCCCGGGGGUGGAGGCGGAGGCGGGGGCGGGGGCUGCGGUCCAGGUCGCCGUGGCGCUGGACAUCCGACACGCGACUGUGGAUGAGGCGACGAGUACGAUGAGAGCGCUGGCUGAUUUGCAUUUGCAGUGGCUGGACCCGCGCCUCGCGUGGAACACCUCGCUGUUCCCGUGCGGCUACUCGCAGACGGCGGCCGAGCGGCUGUGGGCGCCGGACGUGGCGCUGCUGAACGGGGCCGCCACCAGCAGCGCCAGUGUGGACCUGCCCGCCAGGAUCUCUAGCACAGGCCUAGUCCAGCUGACCUCCCGCCUAGAGGUCCACGUGCCGGUGUCCCUGGAGCUGGCGGCGUGGCCCCAGGACCUGCAGCAGGCCAGCUUCACCUUCGGCUCCAGGACCCUCACCAAGGAUGAGGUGGAACUCAGCAUUAACUCCACGCAGAAGUUCUACUCGGAGACGGAGUUCGGGUCGUGGCGCGUGCGCUCCGUGGCGGUACUGGUGACUCGCGUGCUGCAGGAGAACCACCAGUCCAUCACGUGGAGGGUGACGCUGCAGCGGCGCGCGGCGGCGCACGGCGUGGCGACGGGCGCCGUGCUGGCCCUCUCCACACUGCAGCUCGCGGCCGCGCUGCUGCUGCCACUUGAGGAGAGGACCCCGCUGUUCGCCUGCGCCGCCCUCACCGCUGCACUGUGGUAA